AUGUAUAUCGACCUGCUGAAUGUUUUGUCGUCUGUGAAAAAUGAGUGGCCCUCAGGCAUCAGGGCCGACGGCGUCCCGGAGAAACAUGCUCAUUCAUUGCUUCUGAUGCCCGUCUUCUGCGGCAAGGGCUCACGGCGUAGAGCUAUUCUCGUCCUCGACGUCUGCCUGGGCACCCCGUUCGAGGAGUAA